AUGAUUGAGGCCCACUUCAACGCUAUCAUAUGUGAGAUAAAAACUCAGCUUGGUUUUAAUACCCCAACGCUCGCCUCCACACAAUCCUCGCCCUCAUCAAUUUCUUCGAUCGGGGGCACUACUUCACCUGCCUCGGUGACUGCUGGUGCGGUCACUCCGACACAUUCAACAACUGUCUUAGCAAGUCCGGCUAGUGCUACUAACCAGAGCUCAGGAAAUACGUUAACAAAUGUAUUCUCUGGAACUGGGACCAUAAAUAUCCGUCUUCGCGAUGCUUGUUGCUUAGCCAUUGCCAGUCUGACGACGCAUCCAGCCGCUACAAAGCGCCUUGCAGGUCAUCUUCCUGCUCUGUUAUCAGGUCUCCUAGGUCUUAUCGAUGAUCACGAGGGUGUUGGCGGUUCCCCUGUUCCUCUGGAGCAGCUCCUGCAGGUACAACAACAACAACAACUGACUAAACGGCAAAAAUCCAUACUUGGUCAUGUCAGCCCAGCUGAAGAAGCAGCCAUAGCUGUACAGAAGGUAGCGAUUGCUGUUAAAUAUAAUUUUCGAUUUAUUUGCCAUGCUGCUAUUCAAAUUCUUCCUGUUUGGCUGUUAUUUGCCAUCAUUCAUUCAAUUCUAAUUUGUAUGCACAAUUAUGAGGAAUUCGAUCCUAUUUUCUAUCACUAUACCCAUGAAACUUUAGGAAAAUUCACAUGA